GACUAGGUUGGCUGCGGCCUGCGGGGGGGUUCAUCUUCUUCCUCCCUCCGUGCGAUUCGAUUCCGUUCCGUUUGGUAAAUCCAUCCCCUUUCCUCUCCCUCAGUCCGCAGCAGAGAAGAGAAUACCAAGCCCCUCGACGGCGACGGCGACGGCGCGGAUGCGGAUUCCUCCGCUGCCACCGCACUGCUCCGAUCGGAUCUACUAAGAAAUGGCGAUGCGGGGCGUCGAUUUCAAGUGGUACGAUGGCUUCUUCCUCUCCAUGCUCGCCACCAGCGUAAUCAUCGUCUCCAUCAACUGGAGGAGGUACCGCCUCUGCGCGCACCCGCUCCACAUAUGGAUCGUCGUCGACUACACCACCGUCUUCGUCUUCCGCCUCCUCAUGUUCCUCGACAACGGACUCGCUGCAGGGAUGGGACUGGAUCUUGGAUGGCAACAGAGAUAUACCCGUUUCUGUGGGAGAAUACUUGUUCUCUCACUUCUUAUACUUCUUCUCUAUCCCUUUCUGUGGGUUUGGACUGUCAUAGGAACAUUGUGGUUUAGCACUGCAAGAGGCUGUUUGCCUGAGGAAGGUCAAAAAUGGGGCUUCUUGAUAUGGUUGCUUUUCAGUUACUGUGGGCUCGCCUGUAUUGCAUGUGUGGCUGUUGGAAAGUGGCUAAACCGAAGACUUGCACUCCAACUGAGGGCACAACAGGGAAUUCCAGUCUCUGAAUAUGGGGUUUUGCUCGACAUGAUACGUGUGCCUGACUGGGCAUUUGAGGCAGUUGGGUUGGAACUGAGAGGAAUGGGCCAAGAUACCGCAUAUCAUCCUGGCCUUUAUUUAACGACAGCCCAGAGAGAAGCAGUGGAGGCACUGAUUCAGGAGCUUCCAAAGUUCAUGCUGAAGGCAGUCCCGACGGACUGCAGCGAGUGCCCGAUCUGCCUGGAGGAGUUCCGGGUGGGCAACGAGGUGCGGGGCUUGCCGUGCGCCCACAACUUCCACGUGGAGUGCAUCGACCAGUGGCUGCGGCUGAAUGUCAAGUGCCCGCGGUGCCGGUGCUCCGUGUUCCCCAACCUGGAUCUGAGCGCGCUCAACGGCCUGCGCCCCAGCAGCGAGACGGACCACGCGCCGUCGGGCACGGGCAGCAGCAGCGAGGUGACUGGUACGACGACGGCAGCGGUGGCGAGCCGGUACGUGAGGGCGCAGCAGCCGUCAGGGCAGAGGUGCCUGGUGCAGCUGCAGGGGCUGCUGCUCCGGCCGGUGGUCGGAGUAGGUGACCCGGAGAGUGGCAUGCCUGUUUCAUCGGUUUCCGGGCCUGAGGUAGUGCCUAGCAGUAGCAGGGUUGUAGUAGCUGCUGAUGAGCUGCUGCCAGACCGUUGAGACUGGAACCGUUUGUUGUUAUAGGUUGUUUACCUGUUGAUUGAUUCUGGUGUGCAGCAGAAGAGUAGAGUAUGAUAUAGUAGCAUGCUGUGUACUCCUCCUCUCCUGGUCCAAGGUGAAUUAUUACAUACUGUAAUUUAAGGUAGUGGUGGUUUAUAUGUGUUGUUACAUGCAAGAGCAAAAAAAAAAAAAGAAAGAUACUGUGAA